GCGGGGUGGCGCGGGGCUCGUUCGACGCAACCCCAGGCCUAACCCGCGUGGUAACUCUUCCUCCACCCCCACCUUGAUAUUCAGCAACGUGCGCCUGUCAAGGAGUAUGACGACGAUACCAGGCUCGGACAGGCACAUCCGGUCAUCCCCCGUGAUCCUCGACGACGCAGAACGACGCCGAGCGUCCACACGUUAGCAUGAAACUCGACUCGUCCGUAACUGAGGUGUUCUCGCGCCGACAAACGUUUCCGGCUCAGCUGGUUCGCGCGAUCCUCAUCCUCUAAGCGGAAUCGUUGUUUCCCACGGUCGUUUCGUUCGUUUUUCUCGUCGAGGUGUAACGAUGCAGGAGCACAAGUCGUUUCUUAUAAGGGAUCUUCUGGGAGAUGUUCUGUCCGAACGGGUGCACGAUUCGGAGGACGAUUCUGCCGUACAUUCCGAUUCCGAGGACACGAUCGACCCAGGAAGUAGCCCUUGCACCCGACUGGAGAGUCCUCCGCCGGCUCUGUCGCCAUCGCCGGCACCAGCGACUUCCGGCAAGUCUUGCGGCACGACGAGCGGUCCUCCAAGCGGCAGAAAGCCCAGAAGAAGGCGAACGGCGUUCACCCACGCUCAACUCGCUUAUCUGGAACGAAAGUUUCGCUGUCAAAAGUAUCUGAGCGUGGCGGAUCGCAGCGACGUCGCCGACGCGUUGUCGCUGUCCGAGACGCAAGUGAAAACCUGGUACCAGAACAGAAGAACGAAAUGGAAGCGACAGAACCAACUGCGACUGGAACAACUUCGACAUCAAGCUACGGUGGAAAAGGAGCUGCUCGUGCGAGGAGUAGGACUCCAUCAUGGCAGCAUAGACGCUUAUUGUCCGCCUUACAACGCUCAGACCCAAACGCAGAGUCAUCCGCCUCCACCGCCACCGCCGCCGGCGCCGUCCACCGCUUCCACGGCCGCGUUUCUCUCCACGGCCGCAGCCCUCUUCCGAAACGUCACUUACGUUCACGGAUGUCCCCUUUAACCCGGCCGAACGCCGCGGUUUCAGGAUCGUUUCUGCCUUCUGGCCGCCGGCGUCGGCAGCCCUUCUCUCUUCGAAACGUCCGCCUCGGACGAUUCCGAACCACCGGUGGAACCACCAUCGCCGAUGGAUCCGAUCGGACCUCGAUGUGCCCGAACUCCCGAUCGUGAAUCGCAAUGGUUCGCGGCAGUCGCCGUUCUUUUCCGUCGAAUUCUUCGGCCUGCGUUUCGCUACAUCGGACGCGUACGCGAAAAAAGUCUCGCGACCGCUAGUUCGAUCGUAUCCUGGUACAAAACAUCACGCGCUGCUACCUCCGAUACAGUGAAGUGCGCGUGAACCACGAAACGCGGAUGUAAACGCGGUUUCAGGAGUUCUUCGCGACUCCCUUCCUGGGAUGGAACUCUUCGAAGAUUCCGUGCUCCGCUUUGGAGUUGUUUCCGAGAGCUAAUUCCUGCAUGCGAAACAGUGUACAUAUGUAAUUACGAAGUUGGUCGGUAGUCGUAGUCGCUUUGUUUUCGUUCGCGACGACGAAAGGGGAAGGGAUGAACGAAACGAUAUCGGAAAUCCAGGUGUUUCGAGAAUCUGUUUCCAUCGUUCCACGAACUUUCGCCUGUUCCAAUUUAAACAAGAACAAACCCGUAAUAUCCAGGUUCGGAAACAUGUUCCUUUUACUCGGAACGAACGAAGAAAUCUAGUUGAGUCGAUAGCGAGUCGAAUUCCGUAGAUGUGUCAUAGGAUCUUAGGUAACUGUAACCGGGAAACGGGCGAAAACGACGUUUACUAGGACGCGUGCGAUGCUCCGCGGUACAACCGUUUUCCCCCGUUUCCCGCAAUCACUGGCCAAUUUUCACUUAGAGAUCUAGUUCGCUAACGUUCACCGCUGAUAAUCCAUCACUUUCUCCAGUUAGUCGACGAUUUUUCGUCAACCGAUGAAUUCUUGUAGAUAAAUAAAUUAUUAUCGAACAAAAA